UUAAUGAAUCUCAUUGACGAGAAAUUCGAUUGAAUUUCGAUUGGAAUGACUUGCACCAUUUUAUAUUUGAUCAUUUCCUCGCUUUCUUAAUGCGGCGUAUUUAGCAUUAUAUGCGUUACAUUUAGCAUUAUUGUAUUCCAUUUUCAAUCAUGCAAUCUUUCCGUGAGGAUAUCUUUUACGAUACUCAAUAAUUGAACGCAAUAAAGAGCAGAACGCUUAUAUAAUGCGGAUGUACGCUAUUAAUAUGGAAUCUGAAGAAGAAAUCCUGCAUAAAGCACGACAUUCCGUUGUUGCUUUUAGUCCUAUUCGUUUCGAUCCUGACGAAGACAUUCUCGAAAAGGAUCCUAUUCGGAGUAAAGUUAAAAUUGCAAAAGUGACUGUGGAGAGCAUUGGAGUUACGUGAAUGGAAUGUGAUACAGGUAUCAAUCAUUGCAUAUUUUGCACGUAACCACAUUAUUAAAGGAAGGAUAUAUUAUCGUACGAUCGAUUUAGCCCAAGCUUCUAGAAAUUGAAAUAAUGACGAAGAAAGCACGCACAGCGUUGGAGAAAGAACAGGCGGCAAACGCAGCUGCUGAAGCCGAGAAAAUUAGAACGCAGAUGAUUAAAGACAUGCAUGAGGAAAUUCGUAUGGAGAAGUACAAUAUGGAGAGACAAGCGUUACUUGAGGAACAGGAUGCGCAGAUGCGUAAAGUUCAGUUGGAGGAGACGCAAUGUGUGCUUCGCAAUUAUAAAGAUGCGUUUGCAAAAUACGUAGCUGUCACCGAAGAAGAGGAAAAUUGGCUCAGAUAUAUGACAUGCGAUGGAUUGCCAGACCCCGGGAGCUUAUCCGAAAUGAAUACCUACAUAUUUUUAUGGUCCAUGGAGGAUGAGAAAGUUAACAUGAACAAUUUCAUCGUGAGAUACAAUAUUAUCAUCAGCCUUUUAACGAGACUCGAUGAGAUAAUACGAUUUUCUAUAACGAGACCGUCCGAUUACAUAACCGAAUGCGAGAUGAUCAGACAACGAUUCCGAGACAAGCUUCGAGAAUGGACAGACGCGGCGUGUUACUCUCUCCUGCGUGAAAUAGAGAGGGACAUGGUUCGCGAGGGUAUAAAAACGGCGAGAUAUACCAACGUCUCCGAUCAGAUUAUUUACUGCGUUUGGGCUUUGAUAAAAUUGCCCAUCGGACUUAAACAGGUCACCGAUAAAGAUCGAAAACCGAUCGAAGUGCAUUUCGAGGAGUUGGAAUUGACCGUCAAGAUGCCUCUCGACAUCGAUUGCUACUGCAUGGCGAUUCGGGCCUUGUGGCUAAAUCACGAUUACAAUUCCGAUUGCGCGAUCUCGUAUGUCGUGCCAAGAUUGCCAGACGAAUACGAAAGCAUGUAUGAUAUAGAUUUUCUUUCUUUCUGCCAAAACGAGUAUGAUACAAAAUUGAAAAUACGCGAGGAUCAGGUCGAAGGCCGUUACUUGCGACUGGAAGAGAAAAAAGCUAUACUCGAGAGAAUAGAGAACCCACCGGUUCAGGUGCCCACGAAACCCGAGAGGAAAGGGAAGCAGCCAAAGAAAGCGGGUGCGCCGGGAGCAAAGCGUCCAGAACCGGAACAGGAAACGGAACAGCUACCGUAUUUACCUACACCGGACGAGAUAAUUUUACAGAGAGAGGAUGAAUCGCGAAAGGAAAUUAGAAAAUUACUGUUUACGCGAUGCGAGAAAACGGAAAUAAAUUUGCGAAAAUACAGGAUACUCGGCGGUAUAUUGCAUAUCGAUUUAGUUUAUCAGCCGCCGCAACCAAAGGACAUGAUCAAAGAUAUCAUGCUUACGACAUUACAAAUUCCCAAGAAAUUGAAAUUCGUACCAUUCUGUAAACCAUAUAAGGCGCCACCGCCGGCGCCUGAUUCUGAAAGAACACCGGAAGUGAUCGAAGCAGAGAUGAAAGCUCUGGAGACUGCGAUGGAGGAGCUGGUUCUGGUAACUUUGAAACUUCCCAGUUCUAUUAUUUGGUUUGAACCGCCAUUAGUAGCGCACUGGAUACCCGAGAAAAAGUUAUGGUCCACGCAGGACGUACACGAUAUCAAGUACAACGAGGAGAAGCAAACUAUCACGUUUAGAACUGGCAGACUGGGCAUCCAUGGCCUUGCUGCCCUCAAGUUCGUCAACAUUCCUUUUCAAAGUUGGGAGCUCAAGCCCGAAAUGGGCAGAAACGCGCGCGGCGGAGUUGUGCUCAAUAUAUCCGGUGCCAUCAUUCAAGCAGAAUUUAUCGUUAGGGAGGACUUGAUCUGUCUAAAUUCGCUGGCUGGCGGUAUGUCAACGGCGCUCAAAGAAAUGAUUGGGGAAUAUAUGAAAUUAUAUCUCUUGAUUGAGAAGAUGCGUAAUGCUGGAUGCGACCUGUUUCCAGAGCGAGAUGCCUUUAGUUAUGUAAAGGCUCUGUCAGUAAAGCAUCCGGCAACGGAGAAGCACUUGCGAGAAUGUAUCGCUAUGCUUUGCACAACGUAUACAUUCUCUUGGUCACGCUGGAAUGCUAGUCGAAAUUCCAGAGAAAUUGUGAUACAAUUCAAAGAACAUCAUGGAUGCGUUGCGAAAGAGCGAACUAAUUUGACUCUUUUGAUAACUCCCUCGCGAACAAUGACAGUAUCCUGUACCGAAGUGAGUUCAGAAUUUUCCGAUGUACCUCUGGAUGGUGAAAAUUCAAAGUUUUAUGCUGAUCUGUAUCACUUGGCGCUACAAAACGCUGGAAUCAAAAGUCGACUUUUGAUGAAGAACAUCUCCUUUAAACUUGCUAAUACUGUCACGGAACUUCUGGGUUACACUAAUGUAAUCAAUAUGUCAUCUUAACAAGUUUUUUUGAAGAAAGAAAGAAAU